GUCCGCGGUCCGUCACACUGGUUGUAAUAUGCAAUUGUUCAUAUAAUCUAAAAUAGCCCCCGAAAAUGCUGCUGGCACUACGUGUGCAGGGCUCCAGGUUAUCUCUGCGGACGGGUAGCUCCUGUCGAAUCCGGUGCCUGGCCAGUAACGCUGUGGUUGAAAAAACUCCACCUCCUGCGCAGCCACAACUGGAGGUGAAUGGGAGCACGUACGCCACCGACAGCUGGACGAAUGUGACGCCCAAAAUUCUGUCGUACCUGGGAGCCAAUAAGCAUCUGCAGAAAGACCAUCCGCUGUCGAUCAUUCGCCAGCGCAUUGUUAACUACUUUUAUGGAGCCUACCGUAAUCAGCGCGGGAAUCCACUGUUUUCCAUCUACGACAAACUGAAUCCUGUGGUGACAGUGCAGCAGAACUUUGACAACCUCCUGAUACCCAGCGACCAUGUGAGUCGCCAGAAAUCCGACUGCUACUACAUUAACCAGCACCAGCUGCUCCGCGCUCACACCACGGCCCACCAGGUCGAAAUGAUCUCUGGUGGACUGGACAAUUUCCUUGUUGUGGGGGAGGUGUAUCGGCGCGAUGAGAUCGACAGCACCCACUACCCAGUCUUCCAUCAGGCAGAUGCAGUGCGACUAGUCACCAAGGACAAGCUCUUUGAGCGCAAUCCCGGCCUGGAACUGUUCGAGGAGACUUGGACGGGCUCAGUAGCCGAUCCGAAGCUGAUUCUUCCUUCAUCAAAGUGCAUGGACCAGACGAAGCAGCCAUGUCACACUCUGGAAGCGGUGAAACUGAUGGAGCACGAGAUGAAGCACGUCCUUGUGGGUCUGACGAAGGAAUUGUUCGGUCCUCGCAUCAAGUACCGCUGGGUAGAAACCUAUUUCCCUUUUACGCAACCCUCCUGGGAGCUGGAGAUCUUCUUCAAGAACAACUGGCUGGAGGUUCUUGGCUGUGGCAUAAUGCGCCACGAGAUACUCCAACAGUCCGGCGUCCAUCAGUCAAUUGGCUAUGCCUUUGGUGUCGGCCUCGAGCGUCUGGCUAUGGUGCUCUUCGACAUACCGGACAUUCGCCUGUUCUGGUCCAACGACAGCGGCUUCCUUUCGCAGUUCAGCGAAAAGGAUCUGCUUAAUCUGCCAAAGUACAAACCCAUCUCCCAUUAUCCUCAGUGCACAAACGACCUGUCCUUCUGGCUGCCCUCGGACGUGGAGGUCGAUGCUGGCUUCUCGCCCAAUGAUUUCUACGAUCUGGUCCGGACUGUGGCUGGCGACAUUGUGGAACAGAUCAGCCUAGUGGACAAAUUCAAGCAUCCGAAGACGGGAAAGUCGAGCGUUUGCUUCCGCAUUGUCUACCGCCAUAUGGAGCGCACCCUGACCCAGGCGGAAGUCAACGAUAUACACAAGCAGAUAGCCAAUGCCAGUGUGGAAAGUUUCAAUGUCCAAAUACGUUAGAUCUAGUCCAAUUCAGGUUCAAUUUAAGCCAAAAAACAAAAAGAGUUCAAGUACCAAACAAAAUAA